CCACUGCAAACGGCUCGCUACUCGCCUGUGGUUACUUUUGCACUGGAGCCUACGUCCGCCAACAACACUGGCGGCGAUGACGGCGACAGCGGGUGAGCACGGAGCACUACUGGAGCAACAACCGAAACAGAUCUUCUUACCACAGCGGCGCUAUCUUGCUGUCGACUAAGCCGGCUAGUUCAGUUGGCGGACAGACGGUGGAAUAACAAGAAGAAAGUGUUUGUACUGAAAAAGCGGAAUAACGUUCAUCGAUCAUAGAACGGGCCCAUUGAGAGAGGCAUCGAAAACCCCGCCGCCGAAAAACCACUGCUCACACGCCGUUGCCUUCGUCAGCGGAGUCACAAGCCGACUGCUGCACGGGCAGGGAAGUUGCAGCAGAUCAGUGUCAGCCUUUUCGUUACCAAAACACAACUCGACGGCAGCGUUAGUGACAGCAACGACAACUUCAGCUGUCGGCGCCGCCAACUGCUGACUCACAAAUGUUCCAAGUGUUCCAUUGAUCAGUGGUGACCCCCUUGGUCCUCUGCUAUGCACUUUUACUUGCUCGUGCUGUUUGGUACUAUUGCAGAUAGUUGAUAUAUGCGCACCGAACGUCCAAUGACAAGCAACCGACAUUCGAGUAACGUCCGAGUGUUUGGAUGAGUAAUAAGGAGCACCGAAGACAGUUAGCGAGUGAGUCGCGUGGCAGUGCGUGUUCGCUGGAUGUCGCCUGUCUGCCCGGACAAAACAAGUUCCCUGAUAGAAUUGCAGCAGCAAUAACAGCAAAGGAAGGCCUUGUAACGGCCGUAAAACGGGCUACGUAAAGUUACAGUCUCUGCCAUACCGAUGUUGUUGAUGCUAGCGGAGCGGAAAGUUGAGUGGAGCGAUCUUUGGAGUCCGUUUAUAACGGGACAUCGAUGGGGUCAGCUCUAGCCUGAACACAAUAAGGACGUAAAACAGAAACGAAGUUGAGAAACUUGCACUGAUGCUUUUUGGAAAAGGUCUGAAAAAUUUGCCUCUAGUGAAGUUAGUAACGAAAUACGAAGUUUGAAGAAUAGCAGUUUCGAAAAGUUGUGUACUGUUCGACAGUGACAAAUACAGCAGAAGAAUAAGGUCAGAAAAGGAAGGGAGGAAGGAACGCAGAAACGCAGUUACUGAUCCUGCAGUGUUCAUCAUGAGAGGCAUGCAAUUACCAUACGAUGCACAUAAACGCACACAUGCUAUUGCCCCUAGGCAGCCGGCGUCGGAGAUGUGGGACGUCCGCCUACGCUUCAGACGUUGCCAGACGUCGCCGAUCGCGAAUUUGAUAGCGACUCGCAACAGCUGGAAGAAAACAAAAUUAUUAGCAGCAACGCGGUCUAAGCCGAUCCAAAUAAGCGCUGUUUAAUGGCAGCCAUGUAAAGCUGAUUACAAUGUGACUUUUGGUACAUAAUCUUCGGAAUUUGUUGCUUGGCUAGUCGAUAUUCGUUUCUUGUUCAGUUGGUCCAUCUUCAUGUCUAUUUGCUUUCUCAUACGCGCCUCAUUGUGACUGUCUGCAGUAAGCGGCCAAACUCAAAACUCUGAGCUACAGCGCCCAUCAACACGAACCAAUACGUCAUCCUUGUCGUUUCUUUUCCCGCGCUGAGUGGCCGGCAGCCUUCAGAGAGCCGCCUUACUACGACCCAGGCCAACCCAGAAAUGUACUUGAGCUGGUCAGCUGCUUUAAGAUCCACGCUCUUACUGACAUCGAAAUCAUCUCUGCUCGGAGUCAACCUCAGGGGGGGGGGGUUCGACUCAAGCGCUUGUUAUUUGGUCAUAUUGGUAGGCAAUGGCGGGGCGAGAACACGCUCUCAAUAUGCAGCGAGGCCAACAGCAACCGCCGGUUUCAGCAAGAAUGACCUCCAUCUCGCUCAAGACAGAUUUACCGGAGGGGCACACGGCGGCCCAGUCGGUAGUUCAGCUCUCUGCUUUGAAUCUCGAUUAUUUCCGAACAAUACCUGGAUGGGUGAAGAUUACACAAUUGGUGCUGGGAGUAAUCUGUUUGGGAUGCGGCUCUCCAGCGCUGGCCAGUUUCGCUCGAUUUUACAUGUUUGUAGCUGGUGUAACGUUCUGCGGUACAGCGUUGCUAUCGUUGGCUCGUCUUCUUCACAUAUCCAUAAAUAUACCGAAUAUCGAAUGGUCGUUUGCCGAGAGCGUGUAUACCGCCUGUGCAUGCUGCCUCUGGUUGGUUUCUUCCAUCUUGCAGUUGGUUAUGGCUACAAGCAGCGAUUGGCGUUAUCGAAGUGAUUUUUUCUCACAAACUCUAAGUGACCAAUAUGUUGCUGCGGGUGUUUUUGGAGUAUUUCAGGUGAUCACCUAUGGAGUGGGGACGUUCUUUCUGUUUAUCGAAUGGAAAGCGUCCAGGCCGAUGCCACCGCCGACGAGCAUCCCCCAGUCAUAAGUCAGAAUAGAAUGACGGUUAAUAGGACGGCACCCGGAUUAGCACUGCAUUAGCGGCUGGUUUUCCACUUGGUUUUCAGUGGUUGGAACCUGAUUCUCCCUCCUAUUGGGAACAUCAUCAUUCUGGCCUUCGUAUCUGACCAGCAAAAUACCCCUUUGACAAUUUUCAAUACCAAAUGUAUAAUAUUUAAAAGGAGUUGCGCUCCCUUAUUUUUAACCACUUGCCGUUUACUCAUGAUAACGUUAAAGAGAUUUCCAUUGUUUGCAUAGAGGCGAUACGAUUAAGAGCGGGCUUAUAGCGUCUGUAAAGGUUAUCUGUUGUGUAUUCAUCGUUUCGUGUCUGAAAUAGAGAGUACACUUUAUGAUGCUACUGAAAAUUAUCCACAUUCACGAGCGGAUUUGUCAGAUUCAAGAGAUUUAUCCAAAUUUAAAGGGUCGUAUAAUUAAUCAACUUAGAACGGUUGAUUUCGAUGGCGUCUGUUCUGUUUCUGAUUAGCGAGCUUAGUACGUCAGACUUUUCUCUAGUCUCAGGAUUAGAUCUAAUGUGAGGAUUCUGCCCUAGAAAAUCGAAUGAUGACCAGAAGAUAUUAAUUCUUGCUUUCGUAGAGUCUAUACGGACCUCGCCAUUCCCAAUCUACAACUCAGAUUGAAUAGGCGCUUUAGAUCCUGUGACUUAACACCAUUAGCGUUAUGACGUUUUCGCAGGACAAAAAGCGAACAAAGUUCGAUUGCGUAUGUAGCUAAGCCACGAUUACCCGAAAUACUGCCAGUACUUCUCGCAUGCUUAAAGCAAUGUACGGAUCUUAGUGUUCGAUGGCUAACUUGAAACGGAUCCAUUUUUUUUUUUCUUAAAUAAUCAAUAGAGCUACCGAUCAAACAAGAUGUGGCUUGUUUGAAUGGUAGUUGCUCUAAAAAUCUGCUUCGGUUUACGAUCAACGGACACCUUGUCAAGCAGACGUUUGUACUACGUACGGAAGCCGAUAGUCAAACUCUGCUGUGCAGUUCAGAGACCAAGUGAAGAAUAUUCUUCCACGAAAUUGUGCAUACGGCACAACGCUAUUAUUUUUCCUCCAUUCAAAAUUACUUAUAUAAAUCCAUCACUAAAAGAUCUUCGUGAAUCUACAAAAUUACGUAUCAUAAUAAAUCGUUUGGUGCAAGGUGACACAAGUUCACCCGGCUAAAAUAUAAAUAAUAACUGGAACCGUUGUGGAUCUUCAUGUCGAAUGCACUUUUCGAACGGUACUGCCUCCCGUUACAAAGCGACCUGUAUGCAACCAACAGCGUUCUUACUAGCGUGUGCACUACUGGCCAUGGUUGUCAAAGCAUGAACUGUGCAGGCUGUCUGCCGAGCACCGGCGACACAAACACUCAGAUUGAUAAGGGUAUCUGCAGUAGAUAUUGUAAUAGAUACUUGACAAGCUAGCAAGAGAAUAUAUCUUGGCUAUCUUAUGGACCAGGAUAACUUUCGAAAACGUUCAUUAUCAGAAAAUGUAAAAGACAUCAUAAAAUAAAGACAAUAAAGUUCGUCAUUGAUACACGUACCCAGUUA